UCUUGUUGUUGUCUGUUUGGUUUGGUGGUCAGCUACCAAAGAAAAAAAUAAUAUAAUAGCUUAGCUUUGCGAAAAAUAUUAAAUACAUAAGUACAGCAGCUAGUGCUGGUGCUAAUGGGUACAUAGUGCGUAUGUACAACCAGCGACAUGGGCAUGGUGGAGGCCACAACGCUGGAGGCCCAAAACUCCUACACGUACCUCCUGGCGACAAUUUGCCUAACGCUCACUUUUAUUGUGAUGCUGGGAGCGUGUCUCUGCUGCAAAAAACGGAUGCCCAAAAACGACUUAAUGGGUGUCGAGGGUAUGGUCAAGUUGAAGAAUCCCGACGAAGUUGUGGUGGUAACCACUCUAGUGGGCAACAGCGAGUCCCAGGCGGAGCUUAAUGCAUCCACAGUAUCCAAUGCCGAUUCCGAAAAGAGAUCCAGCACUGCUGCUCAUCGCAGUUUACCGGACAUUCCAGUGGCCGAAAGCAACGAUAAUGGAUCGGAGCUGUACGAGACAGUGGCAGACAAGCAACUACUGAAUGCACGCAACGACCGUAGCCAGAGCCCCCAACCCAGUAUGAAAAAGCAGACCAGCGUGUCCCAGCACAGCUCUAUUAGCCAGGCGGAUGACGUAAGUUCGCCGUACUCGAGGGUCAAGGGUCUGCCUCAUGACUAUGCCAAGGUGCGGGGCACCGAACAUCCGUAUGCGCAGCUCAACGCUCCCUCCACCUCCCACACAACCCACCAGGCCUCUUCGGCAGCAGCUGCGGCGGCGGCUGUGGUCGCCGGCUCCUCAGGCGAUCGUACCUCUCAGCACAGCGAAGGAUCCAGAGAGCCCAAUGACACAGCACCAGCGCAAGUUGAAAUACCAGCCGCCUCGGCUAUAGCCGGUAUGAUAUCAGCCAGCCAGGAUCUUCCAUACAUGACACCGCCCAUUGCAAACCAGCACUUUAGCGGGGACUCGCAGGAUUCGUCGAAGGGUUACACAAGCAUCAGCGUGCGGGAACCGCUGGCAAAUAUUUUAGCCCAACAGCCACCAGGAAAGCCGUCUAUUAGGAAUCCAGCACUGUCACGCGAUGUCAAUGACUCACACUACGCGACUGUAUCUGACGAUUCUGAUGAAACUUAUGCAGCUAUUGAGGACCCUAACAACCGUCAUGUGGUCAAUGCCGCCGACAUAUACACCAGCGGCUCUGAGACCUACGCACAAAUCCAGCCCAUGCAGGUCAAUCCCAUAGUUGUAGCCGUGGAGAUCAACAACAGCAGAAGCCUUCCGAGCGCCAAUACAUCUAGUGGACCCAGUGGGGGGGUCCACAGGCCGAUCAGUGGUGGUACGGAUCAUGGAGUGCCAGUGCCGCCGAAUGUCGAUAGUCUGCGGGCUCAGAUGCACUCACGCCAGGCAUCUUCGUCAUCCAACAAUAGCACCUCCGUGUGCAACCUCGGCUCGCCCAAGCCGGAAAAGCGGCAGGCCAAUUCUCCCCUGCCUCCCACACCAAAAUCGAGUGGCCAGGCGCAUCAUCUGCACGCUGGCAGUAUAAGCAACUUGACUUCCGGACGCAAUUCUGUCAUUUCGGUAAUUGAAGCGGGUGGAGAUGGUCAUGAAACGGAGCCAACGGAGAGUUCGCCUCAGCGCAAGCACAGCAAGAGUCUCAGUCCUUCAAAGGAAAGCGAUAGCAACAAAAAUAUCGAGGGCAUGUAUGCGAAGGUCAUCAAGAAACACAAGUUUUCGCGCAACUCUCCAUCAUCGCAGAACAGCUCGCCCAUUCUCACCAGGAAACAGCAGCAAGAAUCCUUGGGAGUCAGCCCGCUGGAUAGCGCAGCCGCUCAGAUUGUAGAUGCACAAAAGGGGCGGGGUAGGAGCAAUAGCUACUCGGCCAAGGAUCAUGGCUACGAGACCAUUCCAGCCGAUGGUCAGUUGAUGCACGAGAACCGAAAGUCGGACUGCUAUGCCGCGAAUAUGCUGCAGAAGGAACGCCAACAGGAGGGAGGAGCGAUUGUCCCGCCUGUGACAAUAGCGACGGCGAUCGUAGCCAGCGCCAGCACAAAGCACUAUGAGACUAUUCCUAACCAACCACCCAAAUCCAGCAACAGCAACAACGAUCCCGGCUACGAGCAACUUCAUCCCAUCCCGCCUAUUGUCGAAGAUGAGGCCAAGAAGUCUGACUAUGAUCCCAAUUACGAGGUGCUCAAGAGCCGAGCCCACUCCGAUGACGGUUACGCCAAAGUGCUGGAGAAGAAGCGACCUUCUGCAUCCGCCGAUGCAGCUGGAUACAGCACGAUACCGGGUGCAGAUGCUAAUCAUAACUAUGCAAGUAUUUUAGAGACGAAGGCGGCCGCCGAGACGGAUCACUAUGCUCGGAUAGCGGAAAAUGCGGCACUCACCUCGCCAACCACAUCGUCCAUUUCCACGACCAACUCUGUCUCGCUCAACUCUUCAACGGUGGCCACCAGCACGUCUCAGUACGAAUCCCUAACGGGAACGGGUAGCGAAACAGAUCCCAAUUACGAGUCGGUGUGUUACCUGACGUCCGGAAAUACUGCAACUACCAGCAGUGGCAUGGAGCCUGCCUACGAGCCGCUGCAAGCAGAUUCGGGGACAACCACACAGGCGAGCAGUCCGCUGAGCGGAGCGACAUCCACGCCCAGCGAGCAGUUACUGGUGGACGACUACUUCCAUGUGUAGACGAUUAACUGGAUCUCCUUCCCCACUCCUCCCAUAAUCAGUUUUUUUGCUUAGCAAUUCUUCACGCACAUAUCAUCCAUUCGACACACACGCAUAAAUAGUAGUUACAAAAUGGCAGUCUUAGAUUGCAGUCACCAGAGCAGAGGGUCAUUGAUCCCAGAGAGAUCCCAUUUAUCCCAUUAUGCGGCAAAGCUUGAUAUCGGUUCGCCCAUUUAGAUAUAGCUUUAGGUUUAGGUUCACUUUGUGUACAAACUAUUUGUAUGAAUGACCGAUUGACCGAUCGACCAAAUGACCGGCUCGACCGGCCAAUUGCUUCCGAGCGAGGGUGGGUAUUCGCUCCAACAAGAAUCCAACUAUCCACUCGAUUUGAUUAUUCUAUCUCAGUACCAGUGCGUCCUAUUUUAGGUAAAUUGAAGGAAGACGGCUCUCUUGACACGCCGCCGCCACUUGUUUAAAUUGAUAAGCCCAGAACGGACGUUGGCAAUGAUAUUUCGAAAGAUCAUGUGGGGACAUAGCUACUAUAUAAUAUGAUAAUGUAAUAAGAUGUAUAUUAUAUAUAUUUUUAUAUGUUUUGGCGUUUUUGCUGCUUUUUUUACUUUACUGAUGUCGUCCGGUAUAUAGGCGUAGGAUAUACACGAAUAUACUAUACAACAACACAUACCCACGAGAAGGCAAGCCAAGUAUUUGUAUUUUAUAAAUGUUAAUGGAACACUUCCAAGUAUUUAACAACCAUCAAGAAACUAAGAUAAAAUGUUCAAUAAAUUAUUGAUGAAUCACAAAA